CGUCAGUUUUAGAUUGAAUGAGAGAGAGAGAGAGAGAGAGAGAGAGAGAGAGAGAGAGAGAGAGAGAGAGAUGUGAUGGUAGUGCUGUUGAGAGAGUAAGCGAGUGAAAGUGAAUGUUGAAAGGAAUGCCCAGGGCUCAAACUCUCUCUCUCUCUCUCUCUCUCUCUCAGGUGACCGCGCCACAACAAGCUUUGAGUCAUGUGUGUGCGUGUGUGCGUGCGGGAGGGAGAGGGAGGGAGGAGAGAGUGAGAGGGAGAGCGCCAGGCGAGGGCAGAGAGGCAUCGCUGCUCGCUGGCUGCUCCGUCAUGGCAGUUGUCUCAAUGACCUUCAACUUCCAACCCUCGUCAGUUCGAAACCCUUGGACCGCCACGCCUCCCACGCCUCCUGCUGGUGGAUGCAUCAUUUACCUCCACGCCCUGCUGACCCCGCCUCUGUAGCACCAGCAGAAGACGUAGCAGAAGGGAAAAUAUAAGGACACUUGAAAUUUAAGACACAUGAGAAGCGAGAUUUGAAAAUGAAGGAAGGAAGAGGAGGUGUAGGGAGAGGAGGAAGAGAAGGAGGAUGAAGUGGUGUCUUGGGAGAGUGAAGAGGAAGGACAGAGGUCGGGAGGAGGAGGUGGAGGAGGAGGAGGAGGAGGAAGAACAGCAGGGAAACCAGACGGGCCGCAGCUAACCUCCUUGCGGGGCCUCACUCCUUCCCGCCGCUUCCAUGCUUCCUGAGAUCUUGGGCGUGGUGUGCGAGGGCGGGCGGGUGUGGGCGCCCCUCACGCCCAUCACCACCUUCAGGGACGUGGCGGCGUGUGUGAGGGACCCCGGGGACCCUCUGCCCUGUAUCCUGGAGCACUCGCCACUCGGAGUGCGCGUGGUUGGUCACUGGGAGAGACCCCUGGAGUUACUAAGGCUAUGGGCGGGGCUACGGGGGGAGAUCUCCUACCACGCCCACCCCUCCUCCGCCCUCGCCUCCCCCUCCCCCUCCUCUGAUGAAGAUGGGGGCGUGGGAGGCGUUGGGGGCGUGGGUAUCAGCCCCUGGGAACUUUAUGAACUGAAAGAUGAACUGAAGGGAAUGGUGAACCCCAGAGUGUGUUCUACCCGCGAGUGGCGCCCCCCAGUGGUUCCCCCAGCCCCCCUCGCCCCCCCAGGCCGCCUAGAUGAUAGUGAUGAGCUAGUAGUGGUGAGCAGUGAUGAGUGUGAUGCCUCCUUCACCUCCCAUCACUAUCACUCGCCAUCAUCCUUACCAAGACGCGCUCCCCACUUCAAAGCUAACCCCUUCCCCCGUGGCCGGCCCCUCACAGCCUCCCUGCCACUGCCCCCCGCCCCGCCAAGGCCCCAGGGGAGAGACGACCCCCACAGCGCGCACAGAAAACGGGUACCUCGGUCACAACACGCGAAAGAGAACGGUGUUUUUAAGGGUAGCUUUCCUAUUUCACCACAAACUCUUACACGUGCCCCCAAGCAGUCCCCAGUGGUACCCCAGGGUGUGAAAACCUCCCAGGUACAGAAACAGACACUUAAGACCCCUCAGGUGCAGUCACAAGGCGCUAAGACCCCGGGAACAGACACAAACAGCCCCCAGAACACAAAAGCUCUAUCACCACAGGACAGUUUAAGCCCCAUUAUCAGCAGGAAGCAGAAGUACACGCCAGCAGAGUACAAGCAGGCAGCAGGCAGGACUGGACACAAGACCCCAGCAAGCCCUAGACGCAAACCAGCAGCCCCACAGCCCCGGAACACCCACAAACUGCAACGGGGGGGCUAAAACCAGAACAGCCAACACAAACCCCCAGUGACAAGGGGAAAGCAGGGGAAGGAAAGGGGUCUGGGGAGAGGAAAGGGAGGACUAGUAGGAGGUCCUCAGCCCCCAGGAGGUCCUACUCAGACCCCCUGUAUGAGUAUUUGAAGGAAGACUCCAGGGCAGCCCCAUUCCGCAGACCUCCGAGGAGACGCCGCCACUCAGGAGGAGGAGGACGAGAAGGCGAUGUUGGGAUGAGGAACUCCCACUCCCAGCUGACUUUG